AAAAUGCUGUAACUUUUUGGUUUUUUCAUAUAUCUUACAAAUUUUUUCUAUUGUGCAUUGUUGAGUAAUAUUAAACUGAUGUACUUUGAAAGUUACAGGAUUGUGCUCCAACAGAAAGGUGGUGCUGGGUUGAGCCGAAAAUGGAAAGUAUGCAGAACAAGAGUCAAUGCAGCGAUGAUGAUGAUAAAAAAGCUACAGAUGACGUUAUUAGUCCAUUAGUUCCUCCUGAUGGUGGGUGGGGCUGGGUAAUUGUAUUCUCGUCAUUCAUCACGAACUUCUUAAUUGAUGGGGUAUGUUUCUCAGCAGGGAUAUUCUACCUUGAAUUCCUGGAUAAUUACAGAGAAAGCAAAGGAAAGACUGCAUGGGUUGGGUCAACACUGAAUGGCAUGUAUCUUACUAUGGGUCCGGUAGCAGGAGGCUUAGUUAAAAAAUUUGGAUGUAGGGCAGUUUCAAUAGCAGGUAGCCUGUUGGCAGCAGCAUCGUUCUUUGCUAGCACCUUUUCACCGAAUGUUGACGCAUUAAUUGUUCUCUACGGUGGCCUCGGAGGUGCUGGAUUCGGACUGAUGUACUUGCCAGCAAUUGUGAUGGUUGGGUUCUAUUUUGAGAAAAGACGUGCUCUGGCAACUGGAAUCGCUGUAUGUGGCAGUGGUAUCGGAGCAUUUGUAUUUGCCCCUUUGUGUCGGUUUCUUAUCGACACGUAUACUUGGAAAGGUGCUACGUGGAUCAUAUCGGGAAUUGUGUUGAAUGGAGUAGUAGUAGGAGCAUUAUUCCGCCCUCUUGAAAAUCCUCCUAGGAGGAAAAAACCUCAACUCGACACGGCAUUAAAGGAAGAUCCAAAGGCAUACCAAAAAAGUAUUACAAAUGUUCCAAGUGAAGGACGAAACGAUAGGACCAAGUGUGGAAAUAUUUUUGGAUCAACCAUUGAUAUAUUCAAAGCAAUAUUUGAUUUCUCACUGAUGAAAAAUCCUGUUUUUGUGCUGUAUGGACUGAGUUGUUUCCUUUGUAUGACAGGUUUCUUUGUGCCAUUCAUUUAUCUUCCGGAUUACGCCCAAGCUAUGGGUGUCAGUAAAGAACAGGCGGCGUUCCUCAUCUCUAUAUUAGGAAUAGCCAACACUAUUGGUCGCGUCAUGUGUGGUUGGGUGUCGGAUCAGCCAUGGGCAGACUGUCUCGUUAUCAACAACAUUGCCUUGGUCUGUGGUGGAAGUAUCACAAUAGUUCUACCAUUUUUCCUCCAUUAUGGGCUGCUAGCAACAUACUCAGUCGUAUUUGGGCUUGGAAUCGCUGUGUUUGUUUCGUUACGUUCCGUCAUAAUGGUUGAAUUGAUUGGCCGCGAGAGAUUGACCAAUUCAUUUGGCUUGGUCACGCUUUGUCAGGGCCUAUCAUCUUUUAUUGGAGCACCAAUAGCCGGAUUUUUAUUUGAUGUUACUGGAAAUUACACCAUAUCAUUUUACGUUGCCGGGUCAACCGUAGCCUUAGCAGGAGUGAUAUGCACCCCUCUGCGCAGAAUUGCAAGAUGGCAUGAUAGAAGAACAUAUGAUUUAGAGAAUGGUAACAAACUUAUAAAGAGACCGUCCUUUCUUGACAUUUAUAUUGUACAUUUUGAAAACAACGAAGAGUAGAAAAACGACGAAUGGAAUUUGCAACAAAACUCGAUCAUCUAGAAAUCAUAUAAAAUUUGGACGUCUAUACAAUUGUCAGGGUUUAUGAACAAUUCUUCGCUCUGGAUUCUCAAGGAGUCGCCUCGUCUCAGGAGUAAUCGCACUAACACUGUCUAUCAGAAGGGGUCCAGGCUCUUGAGUAACUACUGCUUGGGCAGUAGUCACUUCGCAAGAGAAACCUCUGCUCAUGAAUGAGAUCCAGGCUCAAGGGGUAUCUUUGCUCACUUUCCGUCAGAAAUAAAGCUGGCCGACCGCUGGGAAUUCUGGGAACAAGACGGCAAGAUGAGGGAUAGCAAUAAGGUGUCAAUCUUUUCCGAAAAAUUAAGCCAUUUUGAAUUGAGUGGCCAUAUUAAGAUAAAAAUUCUUUCUUGAGCAGAGGUCCUUUACCCAUAAGGCAGAAGCCUAUAAAAUGUUAACCAAAUCCAUCAACCAGUAUUUGAGUUAUGGCCCAGACACACGGAUGGACGAACAAACGGACAGGCGGCUUCUCAAUAUCCCGACGAACUUCGUUCAGUUGGAUAAUAAAUAUAUGUAGUAGCCCUGACAGAAGUUUUCAAGGGUCACUUUUUCUUUAAUAACUUUUUUAAUUUUCAGUAU